UGACACCAAACGGAGGUGGAAGUUCGCUCAGUGAACACACUCAUCCACAGACCCAGUGUCCGUCAUCGUCUUCGUCUUCGUCCACCAUGGCCUCGUCCAUGUCCGUAUCAGAACUCAGGAUUGUGAUCUUUGGAAAAAACCAGGAUGAAAAGUCGGCACUUAGUAAGCUCAUCGUAGGAAAACGCGGACAGCCUUUUGCCAAAACUCCGAAGCCCCGUAAGUGUGUCCACGGAGAAUGGAAGAAGAAACCGGUUACAGUGGUGAGAACGGCCGACAGUCAGCAGGCUGAGAACGUCAAACUGGAAAUCAAAAAAUGUGUGGCUCAUUGUCCGCCGGGUCCGAAUGUCCUGCUGCUGUUGGUCAACCCUUCGGACUUCGACGAAGCCGACAGAGAACGGCUUAAAUCCGCCCUCAGCUUCUUUGGAGGAGAUGCUUUUCAGUACUCGAUUGUCAUCAGGAUUCAGAACGACAAUACAAGGUGCAAUCCCUCAGUUCAGAAACUCGUACAAGAUUGUAAAGAAAGGCAGCAUGUGGUGAACCUGGACGGAACACAUCUGCACGAGCAGGAAGUGGAGGAGUUAAUGGAAAAGAUAGAAGACCUAGUCCGACAGAACUACGGACAGUACAUAGCGUUCACUGAAGAAACUCUGUAUUGUCUGGUGGAACCUGAGCUUCCGAAGCCACCUCUGAACCUGGUUCUCUGUGGGAGGUUUGCAGACUGGAAGGCUUUAACUGCUAAUGCUAUUCUGGGACAAAGACAGUUCAUUCCACGCACAGAUUCGUCAGAGUGCGUCAAACGCCAGGCGGAGGUCUGUGGACGUCGGGUUUCUUUGGUGGAACUUCCUGUUCUCAGUGGAAAACCUCAAAAAGAUGCAAUGAAGGAAUCCAUCAGAUGUGUGUCGCUGUGUGAACCUGAGGGUGUCCACGCCUUUGUCCUGGUCCUACCUGUAGGUCCACUCACCAAUGAAGACAAAGAAGAGUUGAAGACCAUCCAGAACACAUUCAGAUCCCAAAUUAACGACUUCAUGGUGAUUCUGUUCACUGUGGAUUCAGAUGCAACAGCUUCUGCAGUCGCUAACUAUAUGAGUAACAAAGAAGACAUCCAGCAGCUCUGUCGACACUCUGGUGGACGACACCACAUUGUCAACAUCAAGAACCAACAGCAGGUUUCUGGGAUUUUACACACUGUGGAACACAUGAGCAUCCAAGGAUCCAGAAGCUUCACGAAGGACAUGUGUCCUAAACCUCCAGUUAAUCGGGUUGCUAAACAUUCUUUUUUAAGACAGAAUCGUCCAAUAUUAAACUUUCAGCGGAAUUCUGCUCUGAAACCAAUAGGGGACGUGAAUCCACCUGCAGAGAGUCUCCGGAUGGUGCUGAUCGGAAAGACCGGAUGUGGGAAAAGCGCAACAGCAAACACCAUCCUGGGGGAGGACAAGUUCACGUCCAAAACUGCCUUAGGAUCAGUGACCAGAGUUUGCCAAAAGGCUGAAGGACACAUUGACGGUCGACCUAUCGCCGUCGUGGACACUCCAGGUUUGUUCGACACGACUCUGUCCAACGAAGACGUUCAAGAGGAGCUGGUGAAAUGCAUUAGCAUGUUGGCGCCUGGACCUCAUGUCUUCUUACUGGUGCUGAAGAUCGGUCGCUUCACAAAGGAAGAAAAAGAAACUCUCAAACUCAUUACGGAGUUUUUUGGCAAAAAGUCUGAAAACUUUAUCAUCGUCGUAUUCACCAGAGGAGAUGAACUGAAAGAUGAAACGAUCGAAAGUUACAUAGAAGGAGACAAGGAAGGUUCUGUCAAGAAAGUGAUCGCAGAAUGUGGAGGAAGAUACCACGUCUUCAAUAACAACGAUCGGGAGGAUCGGACUCAAGUCAGUCAGCUACGAACCAAGAUCGAGGAAACGGUGAAGAAAAAUGGAGGUGGUUUCUUCACCUCCGAGUUAUUCCAAGAGGCCGAGGCAGCCAUAGAAAAGGAAGAGGAAAGAAUCCUGAAGGAAAAAGAAAAGGAGAUGGAGAAGCAGGAGAAAGAUCUGGAAAGAAAACACAAUGAAGAGGUGCAAGAAAUUAAAGAGAAAGUCAAACUUCUAAGACCAAAAUUUGAGCAAGAAAUAUAUCUGAGAGCGAAAGAAGUCAAAGAAAAGGAAGAAAAACUCAAGAGAGAGCAAGAAAGGUCAAAGAAAGAACGAGAAAGACGAGAAGAAGAGGAAAGAAUCAAGAAAAGACAGGAGAUGGUCCAACAAACUGCUUGGGAAAAAAAAUAUGACACUUUGGACACAAAACUCAGAAGUCCUCCCACAAAAGAAAGUAUUAAUGAAAGAAAACUACUAAUGAGGAGCAGAGAAGAAAUGAAAAAAGAACGAGAGGCCUGGGAGAAAGAACGACUGGAAUGGUGGGAAAAGAGAAAUGAAGACGAGAAACUAAGACAAGAGGAGGAAAAGGAACGACUUCAGAGACUCAGGGACGAAUACGAACAGGAACGACUAAACUACAAGAGACGACAAGAAGAAGAAGAAGAACUGCAACGAGAACGAGAAGAAAGAGAGAGGAGAAGGGCCGAGGAAAACUUCAGGAAGCAGGUGGAGGAACUGAGGAGGAAAACCAAAGACGAGGCUCGGAAACAGGCAGAAGAAUGCAACGAGUUCAGACACAAAUACACCAGAGACGCUUUGGCCAAGAUGGAAAUGUACCGGACCGAGAUGGAGCUGAUGAAGAAGAACCAAGAGCAGAGCAACGAGUACAUGUUAAAGCAACUGCAACUGAACAAAACCUUCCAGAAAGACUUCAACAAACUGAAGAAACAACAGCGAGAAGAAAUGAACAAACUGGAACGAGCUCAGUGCUGCCGCCACCAGGGCGAUCUGGACGACGAGAUGAGUCAAAUGAAGACGAAACACCAACAGGAAGUGAACGACUGGAUUCAGGAACAUGUGAAGAAAGCGACAGACGACAAGAACUGUUGUAUUUUAUAAAACUUUUGUUCGUGUGAUGUCACAUUCUCAGCGGCUGUGAACAGUGAUGCUAACGACCUUUUGAGAUGUCUUAUUACUCUUUAAUACUAGCAUAUUGUUAGCCUCAUAGCAUAAUUGGCUAAUUCCAGACUGAUCUCAUGAAAUCGUGUUGUAUGCCACACCAGUCCUCAUGACAUUUGUCGUGCUAUACUUAUGCAUUUUCAUCCUGUCGCGUGUGACUCAAUGCCAUUUGAGGCGUGUCAGUGUACGCCAAGAGCUUCGAUUUACACAUUCGUAACUGCUAAGCCUAAGCGUAACCCUAAACCUAACCGCUAACUGUGCUAAUCACUAAUCACACUAAUUGCGUGGCAUUUUACACGGCAUGAACAUAUGGAAAGCUUAUAAUGUGCACAGAUAACACACCAAUUAAAAGUGGCGUAUUAUCUGUACGCAAUUCAUGAUGUCAUGUCGACUACUUCAUGUUUGGCCAAAUUUUAAAAUCUGCGUAACUUUACUCUUAACCUGGGGUGUCAUAAAGUGGGGGUAAACGUGUGAAAAUUCAUGGGGCCCAGCAUUUCUGGGGGGACCUAUAGAGCUGUGGAGGGGGUCCAGUGGAUAUGGGUUAGAAGUCGUGAAAAUUUCGUGAAAGAUCCGCUGGACAAUAGAGGCAUAGAAACCGGGAGUCAGAUGUUGAAAGAAUGUUCGGUUGCAUUUUCGCUUCACGCCAGCGUUGGUUACUUUAGUUAUGGACCACACCCCCACGUAUAUAGCUUCUGCCCCUACACCACAUACCCCCCCCCCCCCCCCCCAUCCCCACUCCGACAAAUCAUUAAGAUACUGAAUGUUAUGAAGGGCCCACAUCGUUUACCUUUUAUGGGGCCCAAAAUUGCUAGCAGUGCCCCAGCUUUUAACACUGAUUAAUUUUCUAACACUGACUAUGAACUGAAAAAAAUGUGACUUAGCCAAUUAUGCUAGGAGGCUAACAACAUAUUCUGUUGAUUUAACCAAGGUCUUGCAUAUAAUCUACACAUUACAUCAGAUAUUUUACAGACGUAGAUGUGUAAAGUAAAGUGAUCAGUUCCAUUCAUGAAACGUUCUGGGAAAAUUGACAGAAUUUCCAAUGUAAUGGCCAAACAUGGAAAUGGACCUGUUGCCGUGGUAAUGGCCUUAACAUUAGCAUGUACCUGUGUUCAUUGAAAACCAUGCUGUUGCCAUGACAACAGCCUCAAUAACGACAUGUAGAUGUGCUGAGGUCUGGUCGCUGAUCAAACAUGUCCCAUUUAAACGCAUUACUUAAAACACCUACAACUUUCUUUUUUGCUUCGAGUUCCUGAAAUAAGGCAGAAGGGCCAAAUUUGUUACCACGGCAACAGUUUGUAAGAGCCGAAGGGCAUUUGACGACUUUUCACCAUCACGAUCUGUAGAUGUUACUGACUGAAUGUGCAACCGAGUGGAUAAAACUUGUAAAAGAGUUUAUGUAAAUACGAUGUAAUUUGUUGAUGUUAGUGUAAAUUUCAGAAUGGUGGACUUCCUGUUGAGUCGGGGUCAUGUGACCAGUUUGGUUUAGUUCUUGGGGUGAGAUGAGGGUCUGUAAGUUCACCACUAGAUGUCACUAAACAUUACACAUCUAACCCUUAAACUCAUUUUAGUUCAGGCCAGUAUAAUAAUAUAACCUAUAAAUAAUGACAACUACAAAUGUUUCUGUAUGUUUAACAGU